CAACCGGUGUUCCGCAUUCUGAUUCGCUGUUACAGUCACGUGGCUUGGCAGCCAUUUAUAAUACUAGUGACAUACUUCUAUUUCAUUUUAUCCUACAAUUCUAUCUCACAUUAUCUUACACGUUCUAUCCUAGGCAAAUGAAAGUUUUAUGUUACCAUUUUUUAUGCGUAAGUUUAAACAUUUUAAUUGCAUAUAAUGAUAUAUAUGUGCUUUGGCACAUAAGAUUAUUGUUUAAUCUUUUAAAAUAUUAUUUACAUAGGCUGCUUUCCUUUUAGGAGACACAAAUCGACACAGUAUAACACUCAAACACAGUUUGUCACACAUACUCUGACUCUCCUCUCGAGCAGAGGCGAAGUGUGUCGAGUUUGAUAAAAAAUUGUAAAUGGAAAGCGAUGUGUGUCGAUUUGUGUCUCCUAAAAGGAAAGCAGCGAUAGAAGAAUGUAACAUAACCUCGGAACUCAAUGAUUUUUAUGAGAGUAUGAAUACAAGGAUUAUUGCCACAACACUUUAUGAUUAUAUUAUUUUCUCUUUAAUUAGCGAUAUGGUAAAAAGAUGCUCAGCUCCGGACUGUCCGAUAAAUGCAGGACAGAAAAUUUAUAUGCCAUAUUUUCUCAAGGAUUCUAAGUACCGUGAAAUAUGGAAAAAAAGAGUUAAUCGAGGUCCAAAUUGGUCUCCUGGCAAGACUGGAGUUCUUUGUGAAUUUCAUUUUGAAGAAGAUCAAUUUGAACAAAUGAGAGUUGAUGGGAAGAAAAAAUUAAAAUCACAUGCUGUGCCUAGUAAAUUUGUAAGAAAGAAUCAGAGUAUUACUGAGCAUUCCUACGUAAUCAGUCGACAACCUUUUAGUGAUUUGACUAAUUCUAAAAACAGACCUGAUAAGCUAAAAGAAGAUUCAACGACAAUUCUGUAAUUAACUUACUAUAAUUGAUAAUUAUUUACACACCGCGCAUAUACUCUUUCAUGCUAUCUAACGAUUACUAUAUUAAAGUACAUUGUGUA